AUGGGCUAUAGGUCGGGAUUCGACAACAUGGGUAGAUCCAAACUCUUUCAUCCCAGGAAGAUUUUUGGGUUCGAAGGUUGA